AUGAUUCUAUUAUGUGACAUGCUUGGGCAUCUAAUUCUGUUAUUUAUUGUGUCUGCUGAUUCUUACUCAUGGUGGAUUAUUUCCCUAAGUGUUUUGGUCUGUUGAAGCCUCUCAUAAGAUACCACCCAAAAAGUCAGUUGUGAUUAAAAAGAAAAUUAAAAAAGAAAGGAAGGUAAUAGAAAUAGAAAGAAAAGAUAAAACUGAGUGUAUAAGAAAUUUGCAAGGCUAGGGAGUUACCAAAUGAAUUUAGUCAAAUGAACUUCCCAAGGAGCUUGAGCACUUGGAUUUUAUAAGAUUAUUAGAGAAGAAUUUGUCAUACAGUGGUUUUAGAGUAGGAGUUCACAAGCAGGGCCCUAGUGGUUAGACUUUGUAAGCCAGUGAAUGUUUGACUGAUGUAACACUUGAGGUGAGUUGUCUAUAUUCCAAAAAGUGGCUUUCUUUUUCUAGAGCACAUGAGUUUGAGCAAAGCUACUACUGAAAAAAAUUUGUUUUUCAAGUUGUGAUUUCUGUCAUCUUAAUUUCUCAGUAAUUCUGGCUACAAGCACAUCUUUAGUUAAAAGCCACAUUUUUUAGCUAUCAAGAGGAAUGAGCCACAUCUUCUAUAAGUGUUCUCCCAGAUAUAUUAUUAAUGAAAAAUGCAAAGUACAGAAAAUUAUGUAUCUAUUAUGUAAUUUUUAAAUGUUUAUCUUGUAUGGGAUUAUAUGGAUUGAUAUUUUCUCUAAAGAAAUGCAAAAAAUUACUCACACUGGCUACCUUGGGGGAAGGAAAAUUAAAAUCUGGGGAGAGAAGAGACUUUACUUUUUCCUUUUACAUACUUCUUUUUUUUUUUUUUUUAAUUUACUCUUGGCUGCAUUGGGUCUUUGUUGCUGUGCACGGGCUUUCUCUACUUGCGGUGAGCGGGGGCUACUCUUCGUUGUGGUGUGUGGGCUUCUAAUUGCGGUGGCUUCUCUUGUUGUGGAGCACGAGCUCUAGGCACGUGGGCUUCAGUAGUUGUGGCUCACGGGCUCUAGAGCGCAGGCUCAGUAGUUGUGGCGCACGGGCUUAGUUGCUCCGCAGCAUGUGGGAUCUUCCCAGACCAGGGCUCGAACCUGUGUCCCCUGCAUUGGCAGGCGGAUUCUUAACCACUGCGCCAGCAGGGAAGCCCUUACAUACUUCUUAAUUAUUUGAAAUGUUUUUUUUUUACCAUAUGCAUAUAUUGCUUUUAUUUAAAGAAAAAUUAUGUGCAUGUAUGUCUACAUAUACCUUUAUAGAGUUUUAGAAAACUCUUAUAGUCUUAAGUCAAGAGAAGUGGGCCCCAUUCUUGACUGUAGCAAGGAGUAUCACAAACCCAGUUCGGUCCUCCUUUGAGCCUUGAGUUCAUCUCAGCUUUUUUUUUUUUUCUUCUUGAUUGUCAAAACAGGGCUGUGGGGAAAUUCUCAGAGCAGGCAUGCAGGCAUUCAAGGCUCACUUUCUUGCAGGAUAGUGACAGACAAAUGGAUGAAUGUCCAAGUGGGAGAUAUAAUAAAACUAGAAAAUAAUCAGGUUGUCACGGCUGAUAUACUAUUACUCUCUAGCAGUGAGCCCUACAGUCUGACAUAUAUAGAAACAGCAGAACUGGACGGUGAAACCAACUUGAAAGUGAAGCAAGCCAUCUCAGUUACCAGUGAGAUGGAAGAUAACCUGAAGCUACUGUCUGCCUUUGAUGGAGAAGUGAGGUGUGAGUCUCCCAAUAACAGGUUGGACAGAUUCACAGGAAUGCUGAUUUAUAAAGGAAAAAAUUACGUCCUGGAUCAUGACAGGCUGAUUCUCCGAGGCUGCAUCAUCAGGAAUACAGACUGGUGCUAUGGCUUGGUAAUUUUUACUGGACCAGACACCAAAUUAAUGCAGAACAGUGGAAAGUCCACUUUUAAACGGACACACAUAGACCAUCUCAUGAAUGUCCUUGUGCUCUGGAUUUUUCUGUUUUUAGGCAGCAUGUGUUUUGUCCUAGCAGUUGGUCAUUGCAUUUGGGAAAGCAAGAAAGGCUACUACUUCCAGGAUUUUCUGCCAUGGAAAGAAUAUGUCUCUUCAUCAGCUGUCUCUGCCGUCCUUAUAUUCUGGUCCUACUUCAUUAUUCUCAACACCGUGGUGCCUAUUUCCCUCUACGUCAGUGUUGAGAUAAUAAGAUUGGGCAACAGUUUCUAUAUCAACUGGGAUCGGAGGAUGUUUUAUGAACUAAAGAACACACCAGCACGGGCUUGUACCACCACCCUUAAUGAGGAGCUCGGCCAGGUCAAAUACGUGUUCUCCGACAAAACAGGGACCCUGACUCAGAACAUCAUGAUUUUCAACAAGUGUUCUAUUAAUGGGAAAUUCUAUGGUGUUGUCUAUGACAAGAAUGGACAGAGGGUAGAAGUCUCGGAGAAAACAGAAAAGGUCGACUUCUCCUACAACAGACUGGCUGAUCCUAAGUUUUCAUUUUAUGACAAGACUUUGGUGGAAGCAGUGAAAAGGGGAGAUCGCUGGGUACACUUGUUUUUCCUGUCACUCUCAUUGUGUCAUACCGUGAUACCAGAAGAGAAAGUAGAAGGUGAGCUGACUUACCAGGCUCAGUCCCCAGAUGAAGGUGCCCUGGUCACUGCUGCCAGGAACUUUGGCUUUGUGUUCCGUUCCCGCACGUCUGAGACAAUCAUGGUAGUCGAAAUGGGGGAAACCAGAAUCUACCAACUACUGGCUAUUUUGGACUUCAACAGUGUGCGCAAGAGGAUGUCUGUUAUUGUGAGGACACCUGAAGAUCGCGUAAUGUUAUUCUGCAAGGGUGCAGACACGAUCCUCUGUCACCUACUUCAUCCAUCCUGUAGAUCCCUCAGAGACGUGACCAUGGAACAUUUAGAUGAUUUUGCCAGUGAUGGCCUUCGCACCCUCAUGGUGGCCUACCGAGAACUGGACAAUGCAUUCUUCCAGGACUGGAACAGGAAGCACAGUGAAGCCUAUCUGUCUUUGGAGAAUCGGGAAGAUAAAAUAUCAAUGGUCUGUGAAGAGAUCGAAAAAGACCUGACGCUGUUAGGGGCCACAGCCAUAGACGACAAGCUGCAGGAUGGAGUACCUGAGACGAUUAUCACCCUGAACAAAGCCAAAAUUAAAAUCUGGGUUUUAACUGGAGAUAAGCAAGAGACUGCUGUGAACAUUGCCUAUGCCUGUAACAUAUUUGAGGAUGAAAUGGAUGGGAUGUUUAUCGUGGAAGGCAAGGAUGAUGAGACUGUUCGGCAAGAACUCAGGUCAGCAAGGGAAAAGAUGAAACCUGAGUCUCUACUGGAAUCAGACCCGGUAAACAGUUACCUCACCACAAAUCCCCGAAUGCCCUUCAAAAUACCCGAGGAGAUGCCCAAUGGCAACUACGGCUUGAUCAUCAAUGGCUACAGUCUGGCCCACGCUCUAGAAGGGAACCUGGAGUUGGAACUGCUACGAACGGCGUGCAUGUGCAAGGGAGUGAUCUGCUGCCGGAUGACACCCCUUCAGAAGGCCCAGGUGGUAGAGCUGGUGAAGAGGUACAAGAAGGUGGUGACACUGGCCAUCGGGGAUGGGGCCAAUGACGUCAGCAUGAUCAAAGCUGCCCACAUUGGAGUCGGCAUCAAUGGCCAGGAGGGAAUGCAGGCCAUGCUCAACAGUGACUACGCCUUCUCCCAGUUCCGCUAUCUUCAGCGUCUACUCUUGGUCCACGGCCGCUGGUCCUAUAAUCGCAUGUGCAAGUUUCUCAGCUACUUCUUUUACAAAAACUUUGCCUUCACUCUGGUGCACUUCUGGUAUGCCUUCUACAGCGGGUUCUCUGCACAGACAGUUUAUGAUACCUGGUUUAUCACUUUCUACAACCUGGUCUACACCUCCCUCCCUGUCCUGGGCUUGAGUCUGUUUGACCAGGAUGUGAAUGAAACAUGGAGCCUACGUUUCCCAGAGCUGUAUGAGCCAGGCCAGCACAACCUCUAUUUCAACAAGAAGGAAUUUGUGAAGUGUUUGAUGCAUGGGAUCUACAGUUCCUUAGUGCUGUUCUUUAUCCCUAUGGGGACCGUUUACAAUUCAGUGCGCAGUGAUGGGAAGGAAAUCUCCGACUACCAGUCCUUCUCCAUGAUAGUGCAGACCUCCUUGCUCUGCGUGGUCACAGUGCAGAUUGCCCUGGAGACAACCUACUGGACAAUGAUAAGCCACAUCUUCACCUGGGGUAGCCUGGGUUUCUACUUUUGCAUCUUAUUCUUCCUGUACAGUGAUGGCUUGUGCCUAAUGUUCCCCAACAUCUUCCAGUUCCUAGGUGUGGCCAGGAACACUCUGAACCUGCCGCAAAUGUGGCUGGGUAUUGUCCUCAGUGUGGUCCUCUGUAUGUUGCCUGUGAUUGGGUACCAAUUUCUCAAACCACUAUUCUGGCCCGUCAGUGUGGACAAGAUUAUUGACAGAAUUCAUCAUUGCAUGAGACAUCCACUGCCACACCCAAGCCGGACCAAACGGAAACAUGCAAGCUCUCAACGUUCUGCCUAUGCGUUCUCCCACAAACAGGGCUUUGGGGCCCUCAUCACUUCCGGCAAGACAAUGAGGGCCAAAAUGUCCAAGAAAAACAGCUUUCCUUUUAAAAAGUAGAGGCCUUUACAGAAGCCCUAAAGGAGUCAGUCAUUGCUCUUCCUCCCUUGUAUUCACACAACUUAAUAGGGAGAGAUUAGAGUCCCUGGAAACCAGCAUAAACCUGUUCUUCCACUCUCACUCCAGGGGCUCAGCCUCUUCAUUCCCUAGAAGGCUAUGCCCAGGUAAGGCAAGGAAAGGUAAAGGGCCCCCAGACAUCUGUCAGAGUUACAGCAUUUCAAGAAAAAGCAAUGUCAGGCCUCCCUCUACCAACCCUUCCAAGUUUUAAUCCAUACAAGCAAAUGUGGAAAUAAUGUGUGAAGAGGGGGAAUGUGGGGAAGGGAAAAGAAAAUAGGACCUAAGAAUCUUAGUUUGGGCCCUAUUUCCCAUACCCAGAGCAACCAUAAAUUUUGCCAGGGCUCCCCACAAACAUAUUCACCCAGGUACCCUUCUCAGGUUUAUCUGAGGGAUUCAGGGCCUGGGUAGCAAAAGGAAGAGGCAGCUAUGAAAAGUUGGUCAUAAGAAGCUAAAGGAGAGUUUCUGGACCAAAGAAAGAAUGGAGGUGGUUCCUGCCUUGAUAGGACAGCUCAAGAUUUUGCCACCUUCUCUUCUCUUUGACCCCUUUGACCCAAGAACUGAUACCUUUUCAGGCCUCAGAACUGGGAGGGGGAGACUGCAGGGGAUUUAAAAAAAUCUUUUCUUGAGGGACAUAAGCCAUAAUUGGUGAACAUUUGUCUUCAUUCCAUAAAAUUAUUUUGAGAAGAAAUUGUAUGUACUUGGGAAAUUGCUUCUAACAAGUUUACAGAUAAGUAAUAAAUUGCUGAUUUUCGAGUAGAGAGAUUUGUAUUGUCUGUUAGGGCCCCAGUGGUAAUAACUUAGGCCAAGCAAUAUCAUUGGUCUAUAGACCCCUUUUGAACGAGACCAAUAUUUCCCUCCCCCCUCCAACUACGUUUUCACUUCCAUUCCAGUUUUUCCCCCUGCUCCUAAACUCUAUCUUGGCCUCAGUAUGACCACAUCUUUUAACCAUAUAGCUCUAUCCUCUUUGCACACCUUAAAUAUUAGUUCCCAAAGCUCAGCCCUAGGUUCUCUGCUCAUUUUUCUUUGUACACUUUUCCUGAGUGACAACUUCUAAUCUCAUGACUUUAUUUACCAAUAGAAAGAAGAUUCUCAACUCUCUCGCUAUCCUAGAUCUCUCUUCUGAGAUCCAGAUCCAUUUAUUAAACUGACUCUAAGACCCUUCACUUAGUUGAAUCUCAGGAAACUCACCAACCUGUAUUAAACAUUUUCCCCCAAAAUUUCACCCCAGGAUGUCACUACCAUCAUCCCAUUCACCCAAAGCAGAAUGAUGGGAAUCAUACAAUACUCUUCCUAUAUAGUCUGAUGUCUAAUAAGUCAUCAAGUAAUGUAAAUUCAGCAUCUUCAUCAUGUCCUGUUUUCAGUUCCCUCCAUUAUUACUACCAUUGUCCUCGUUUAGACUUUGAUCAUCUCUGACCUGGAUUACUGCAUAAAAUCUCCCCUCUCAUCUUCCUGGCUUUCCCCUAUCUAAAGUAUCACCGGUACCAUUUCCAGAGUUAUCUUUCUGAGCUGCAAACUUGAUCAUGUCAAGCCCCAGCUCAGCACCCUUUAAGAAUUUUGCACGCCUUCAGGAUCAAGGUAAAAUAUGAACAUAUUAUUAUUAGGCCCUCUCUAGUCUUGUCUUCUACUUCUCCCCCAUCUGCAUUCACUCCAGUCAUGCUAUUUCUGGUCUUCAUGUGGUCAAGCAUGCUGUUCUCAUAUCCUAAAAUGCUUUCCCUCACCCCCUUCUUCAUCAAGCAAAUUCCUAGUCACCCUUCAAAACUCGGAAUAUUUGGAACUAAGUAGAGGUGAUGGUUGAACAACAUUGUGAGUGUACUCAGUGCCCGUGAACCGUAUACUUAAAAAGGGUUAUGAGAAUGUUUUAUGUUAUGAGAAUUUUACCUCAAUUUUUUUAAAAACUCAGAUUAGGCAUUGUCUCCUGCAAGAGCUUACCCUAAUUCCUCAGUGUGACUUUUAUAUAUCUGUCCUAUUUAUUCAAUUGCUCCCCUGUGUAUACCUCUGUCAGUGACACUUAUCACGGGGCAUUGUAAUCAUUGAUUUACUUAUCUAUUCAUAACAUAUGAUGGGCCUUUAAUAAAUGUCUACUGAAUAAAUGAACAAAUAAAAUGAAAGAAUAUUUAAAUCUGC